GACACUGUGAACGGAUAUUUGAUAAAAUAUCAAUAUACAGUAGAGUUUGUUUUAAAAAAAAAGAUAAAAUGCACAUAAAGUACGCGUGGUAUGUAUGGAAUGGUUCGUUUAGUAGUUGGCUUGGGGAAGAAGCAAAGCAAGAGACGAAGCGAGGUUGUUAACCGAGUAGGAACGGUUAGGUGGACCCCCGUCCCAGUGCGGUCACCUCUUCGUCUUGUUUAUCCUUUCUCAAACCAAACGAACUACCUUCCAAGUUAGAGCCCGGCAGAGAGGAGAGAGGAGAGAGGAGAGAGGAGAGAGAUUUCUGUUUUGUUCUGUUACGAGGUCUCUGGGGAUUAAGUAGGCAGUUGGAGGGGAGUUCGGUGGAGCAGGCGAAGGAGAAGGAGAGCGGAGAUGGAGCUACGCGAUGAGUACCAGAAGCUGGUUCAUGUAAUGAUGAACACUCCGAGGGUGGCGAUCGACAAUGCGGUGUCUCCGACGGCAACGGUGGUGAAGGUAAACAGCGCCCGGAAGCGGGGAAUGCUUCUGGAGGCCGUGCAGGUGCUAACGGACCUCGACCUUAGCAUCCAGAAGGGCUAUAUCUCCUCCGACGGCUGCUGGUUCAUGGACGUUUUCCACGUCACGGACGAGAGCGGACACAAACUCCUCGACCCCGCGCUACUCUCCCGUAUUGAGCGAACCCUCGGCGGGGAGACCUUAUUGGCGACGGAUGGAGCAGAUUGUCAGGACGGCUCCGGUUUGGCGGGCCUAACGGCGAUGGAACUCACCGGCACCGACCGCCCUGGCCUCCUGUCGGAGGUAUUCGCCGUGCUCCGGGACUUGGAGUGCAACGUGGUGGAGGCUAAGGUGUGGACUCACAACACAAGGAUUGCCUCCCUUAUCUUCGUGAAGGACCUCCACUCAGGAUCCCCGAUAGAGGACGGCCAACGCGUUCACCGGAUUGAAUCCCGACUCCGCCACGUUCUGCGCGGCGACCACGACGUCCGCAGCGCUAAGACCACCGUUUCCUCCCCCACCCUAACCCACUCUGACCGCCGCCUUCACCAACUCAUGUUCGCGGACCGCGACUACGAGCGCGUAUCCAGUACCGGCUACCAAGCAUCCUCCUCUUCCUCGCAGUCAAAGCCGUCAGUCUCUGUUCAAAACUGUGAAGAACGCGGCUACUCAGUGGUCAAUGUUCAAUGCUGCGACCGCCCCAAGCUCCUGUUCGACGUUGUCUGCACGAUCACCGACAUGGAUUAUGUCGUCUUCCACGGCACUCUCGGCGUCGACGCCGAUCGAGCCUAUCAGGAAUUCUACAUUCGUCACAUAGACGGCGGUCCAAUAAGCUCCGAAGCUGAGCGACUACGAGUAAUCCAAUGCGUGCAAGCUGGCAUCGAGCGCAGAGCCUCCGAGAUCUCCGCCCAAAUCAAACAGGGAGUCUGGCUAGCCCUGUCCAUGCCGGACAGGCGGGGCUUGCUCGCCGAAGUAACUCGCAUCUUCCGCGAGAACGGGCUCUCCGUAAGGCGGGCGGAGAUCACGACUAGGGACGGCGAGGCGAAGAACGAAUUCUGCGUCACCGACACCGGCGGGCAGCCGCCGGACUGCUGCGCCAUCCACUCCGUCAUCGAGAAGAUUGGCGAAGAGCACCUCACAUUGAACGAGCAAAAGGCGCCGUGGUCGUGCGCCCGGCAGCCACCAGCGGCCGAGGCGGUCGGUGCUUUCAAUUUAGGGAACCUCGUGAAGAGGAAUCUCUACUACCUCGGCCUGGUCAGAUCAUGUUCUUAGCCCUGCGAGGAAGCACCGUCUCCAUCACAUGCGCAGCAGGCACUUUGCUUGCUCGUGGAAAAGAUUAGUAGUCAGCGUACACAUGGUGUGUUGCACGUGAUUUGUGCAGAUAAUGGUGGAUAGAGAGUUAAAGCUGUUAAGCCGUAGCUCUGGAGUCUUGGCCAGCAAUAGACAGAAAGGUCGAGGGAACUAUAUUAUUAGCAACAUUGGGAAAGCAAAUGGUGGUUUGCAGCAGUCGCAGAAUUGCUCAGGUAUUAGUGGGAUUAAUUAUUAGUAGGGUACUUUUAUGACUCACUGAGGGCAUGUUUUUUUCUGAUUAGUUGGUCAUUCACUUAGGUUUAUGUUUAUUAGGAUGAAUGAAACUUUCUUCGUGGAAAGCCAGAUUUUGAGGUGUCUUCCAUUUUUGUUUACUCUGACCUGAUAAGAAUGAAAGGGAAGCCAAGGCCUUUCCGCUAAAGCAAAAAGGUUUCAGAAUGCUAUCUUCUAAAAUAGUGGGAUAAUUGAACUCGCUUGUGAACCUUAAUGAACACACCUCUGGACAUCGGGAAAAAUGAUUCCCCUGCCACGCUAACAAAUUUAAGCAAAGUGAAAUGCUCAGCAACUCGAGCAUCUUUGCUCGACUACUUAAGUACCUUGCUCUUCUCAUCAACUCAUAGGAUUUGGUUGUUCGAGUUUCUCUACUGACUCAGCAGCGAAUCCCCCAUGUGACGCAACCACGGGGUGUUGGAAAUUAAAACAAUUCUUGGAACCAUAUUCUUUACUUUUCGUUGGAAACUGAACUUGGAACUAUAUCAUCCUGGAAGAACAGGAGAUCUAUUUGAAACUGUAGUGGGAUUUAAUGGUUUUAGUCUUUUUAUAAUUUAUGUUUUCAAUGGUUGAUUACUUCAUUAAAGAGUAAGUCUAGAUUAAUAUUUAAAGGGAUGAACCCUAAGCAUUUAUAAUCUAAGAGAUUAAGUCUUAAGUUUUCUUUUCUCUGUUUCUAUUUUUUGUGGUCUUCAUUUCUAAAGCAAUUUACUUUUUUAGUUGUCUUUCUCCAUAUUUUUUUUAACGAUGAUUCUAAUUUUUAUAUGAUAUCAGAGUCAUAGGGUUGGUUCUAGUAUAUCUGUGAGUCUGUGACAAGAUCCCUUGGUGGAUGAUUCAAUCGGGGUCUAAAAAAAUCGAUUCAAGUGGGCAUGUUGUAUGGAGGACUUGUAUGGAGUCUUAUUUUCUUGAUGAAAAUUUAUAAUAUAUUAUCGAUGGAGGAAACAUUGUUGAUCCAGACAAUAUACCAGCAAAUGCUGAGAAUUUCAAAAAGUGAAAGCAACAAAAAGCAAAGGCUGAGUUUAUUCUAAACAGAAAAGUAUCUCUUGGCCUGUUUUUAUCAUAUUUUGAUCAGCUCAAGAAAUCUAGCAAACUCUUGAUCGAUUAUUCAACAAAUUUUGGAGAAUGACCUUACAAAUACUAUACAAGGCAAUCUUUCUAUAUCAGAGUAUUUUAUGAGGAUUAAAAAUGUAUGUUUGGAAAAUUCUCCUUUAAAUCCAGAAGAAACAAUUUCUUAAGGUCGUAUAUGGAGAAAUAUCAUUCGAGGAUUGAAGUCAGAAUCUAUUCCCUUUAUUACGUCAAUACAAGGGUGGGCUCAACAAUCGUCUUUGGAGGAGUUAGAGAAGCUUUUAUCAUCACAAGAGUCACUAGCUAAGCAAAUGGCUAGUAUUUCUAUCAAAGAAGUGGGAAGUGCUCUUGUAGCAAUAAAGAAAAGCUUUAAGGGAAAAGGAUAUCAACGCAACUCAACUCCAUAUAAAGAGGAAGAAGACUCUUCUAAUAUCACAGAAAAGGAGAUUUUAAAAUGCUAUAGAUGAGGUAAAAUAGGGCAUAUUAAGAAAUUUUGCCGAACCAAGUUAAAUGAAGGUAAUGUUACUGAAUCAGAAAAAAUUGAAAAGGAAGAAGAUUGAAGAAAGUGCUUUAUGACAGAAACACAAAGUAUAGGUGUCAUGACUAUCAUAAAUUUUGAGAAUGACUGUAUUAUAGAGUCUGGUUAUGGGCAUUAUCUUACUGGAGAUAAAUCUAAAUUUUCCUGCCUUCAAUAAUACAAUGAUUCUGUUGCCAUUGUAACAGCAGAUAACACAGUUCAUCAUGUGGAGAAUAAGGUACUAUUGCCAUCAACCAAAAGCAUAAAAGAUUCGAUUACACUUGAUGGUGUGUUUCAUGUUUCUAGGUAGGAAGAUUUUUUUUUUCAAUUGCAAAUGUUGUAGAUACUGAAAACUUGUGUUUUUGGCCCAAAAGAUGUGAAGUUUAAUUUCUUCGAAAUAUCAAGGAGCU